AUGUCAAUAUCUUUUUCAGAUAUGAUUUCUUCCAAUGAAACGACUUCGGCAGAAGUACUCGACGAUGUUGAUCAUCUUCUCUUCUUAUGUGAUCGUUUAGGCAAGCGUUUGCACCAGGUCACAUCGUAUGUUGAUGAUCUCAAACAAACAUGGAUCAAUAAGCGAAAAUCAAUCGAAUGUGAUGCCAACAUAGCAUCAGCAGAGGCAUUGAAAGCCUCAAAAUGUCAUAAGAUCUUAUUGCAUGUUGCUGAGAAACUUGCUGUCGUCGAACUGCAAACAGAAUCAUUGAACGCUUUACAGUCACCGUUCUCGCCCGUGCUACCUGGUUCAACUGAGAAACGCGAAGAACAUACGUCGACGAAUCAACGUACUAAUCCUGUCUUUCCAAGUCCAUCGCAGAUCGCUAAAAAUUCAACCGUCAAUGCAUUCACUCCGAGAACGUCAGCACCAUUAUUUAGUGAAAACGUUCCAGCAAAACAACCUUUAGGACAGCAUCAAGUACAGCCAGAAUUAGCUCCUCAUCGACCAUUGAUGGGUUCCGAUACGAGUGGUUAUGUUCAACAGAAGUUCUCCUCGCAAAUAUCUACUUUUCCGACAGCACAAAAACCAGUACAGAAUGGUCUCGUAAAUGGCUAUCCAAAGCAAUCAUCCAAUGUGAUCAUUCCGCGUCCUUCGACUUUGACAGAUUCUUAUUCAUCUAGAUCAAUGAUUGGUUCGACUGGAGUUCAUGAAAAGGUUCGAGUUAAAAUGCAAGUUAUCAAGGCAGGCACUAUUUGGCGUAAUGCAGAUAUACCAAUUAUCGAUCAUCCAUCGGCAUUUUUUGUCUGCAAUCAAGAUCCACGUGUUGCUGAACAAUUUCAUAUGAUGGCAGUAGAAAUGAAUGCUCAUUACAAUAAGCCAGCAAAUACAGCUUUACCAUUACAAAAUCCAGCAAUUGGCGACUUUUGUGUUGCUCGUUUUAGUGAAGAUCAACAUUGGUAUCGAGCACGAGUCGUUCUUAUACAUAGUAACGAAUCAAUUCUUAUUGUUUUUAUUGAUUAUGGAAAUUCAGAAACGAAACCUGCAAAUGAAAUUUAUCCAAUGCAAGAAACAAUAUCUCACCUACCAGCUAUGACUGUUGCUUGUACGUUAGCUGAGUCGUUUCCUCGAAAUGAAAACUUUUGGACAGCAGAAGCAACUGAAAUAUUUAACCAAUUGGUCAAAAACCGUAUUGUUGAAGUACAAUUUCAACAGGGCAGUGAUCAGCAAUGGCCACUUCACUUCGUCAAAGUAAUGCUUGAUGGGCAGUCAGUAGUUCAACACUCAAGAUUAGCACCCUAUGUAACAACAGUUCGCAAUGAACAAAUUGCCAUGCAUUUCAAUGAUAAACUUACAUCAAUGGAAUAUAUAUUGUAUAAUGUAGCUGUUGUUGAAUCGGAUAUUUAUAACGGUACACUUCCAUAA